AUGAGCUCUGCAUCAAUGGCUCUCCAGAUGUCUCCAGCGCAGCUCGAAAUGCUAUGCCAAGAGUCCCAGCAAUCUAGCCUUCUGGCGAUGGAAUGGUUCUUUACAAUCGUAGCCAUUAUUGUCGUGUCGCUGCGACUGUACUGUAGAACAAAGUUCGGCAAAGGGUUCUAUUGGGACGACUAUACCUUCGUCGCGAGCGUCAUCAUCGGCCUCCCAGAUCCCUUUCUCGUCACCAAAUGGGUUCACACAGGUCUUGGAAAGCACAUCGAAUGUCUCGGCCUCGAUGCAUUUACCGAUCUCGUCUGUUCGGGGAUUCCUACCUUCGUGUUAUAUCGAAUGCAAAUGAAUACGAGGACUAAGGUUGCGCUGUGUGUUCUGAUGGGCUUGGGUGUAUUUACGGCAAUGUGCGCUGUCGCAAAGGCAAUCACACUGAAGGAGAUCUGGUCAAGGGACUUCACUUGGAAUGCAGUCAUCGUCGUCAAAUGGGCAUGUGCCGAGCAAGCCCUCAGCCUCAUCCUCGUCUCCCUCCCCAUCCUCCGCCCCCUCUUCCGCAACUUCUUCACUCUCACUAAAGCGGGUCGCUCCCCUCCGAAGGCACCAGCAAGGGGUGGUAGAUUCCAUCGGAUCCCACCGCCGAACCAUUUGUUGUUCAAGAGCACGAACGACAGCAGUAGUCUUCGCAAGGGGAAUAUUGCGCCCUACGCGUCUAUUCAGGUUUUAUACGCGGAUAGGAGACUGCCACAGAUGCCACUGGUGGCGCGCCAGGUCCAACCCCGAGUGGAGCUGAAUGUGAGGGUGGAACAUGAUGAUUUAGAAAGGGGGCAGUGGGUCGGGCCGUGA